UAAUAAAAAAUAAAGUCUUUCCACUUUCCAUACAACGCACUGGUAUAUAACGCAAAAUUAAUAUUUAUCCGAUGUCACUGGCCUUUUCAGGCGUGGGUUAAAUUUUCUGGCUUUAGAUUAUGAAUUCAACAGAUGACUCAAGACCUGUUAUUACAUUCACCGGAGAAGGGUGGAGCGCCAAUUCAAGAAGCCUGUUGGAGGCCGUCGGCGCUGAGGCAUGCGAGUGGCGACGUCCGCUUGGUCGUCCAGCGCGACAGGUACGUGUUGAGGCGUUGUUGUGCUCACCAGCCGAGGCACCGUCCGAGCGUCCAUGCAUUCACACCUUCUGGAGCUCCUGCAAUGAUGUUGAUUCGUGGCGCUCGACCGAGAAAGACAAGGUUGAGAAAUGGAUUCGCUCCAUCGCUGCUGGGGACGAGUGGCUGGUAAUUCUGCCCGCACCCAAAAUUGCAGACAAAGCUCGCACCGAGCUCAAGCAACCGGAAAGGUGCCUGUCGAGCCGUGAUCCUGGUCUCUUGCGGCGAGUUCGGCAAAUGCUGCUGACGGCCAUCGGCCAGGAGGAACAAAGUCUUGGCCAGGACGUCCGUAGAGAGCGCGAGAGGAGAAACGAGCAGGGGUGGAGUUUUGGAGAGUAUCUUGCCCUGCAGGAGAAGUUGGCCGCCCUUCUGGGAGCUUUGAAGGGCGUUGAGGACGAGGCAUUGGUUCAGUAUGAUGAGCUUGACGCCUUGUUCACCCAGUUUGUGAGAAACGCAAGUCUUGUAGAACCUCCUCCUUGGCUGAGUUCAUUCAGUGCACCGUUGAAGGAGUGGCGAGGUCUGGGAUUAGAUUCAAACACAAGAUUUGCCAUCGUCAAUGGUGAUUCGUCACUCCUGCAGCUUCGAUCGUAUCUCUUUACCAGACAACUGAAUCUCCUGCUCAGAAUGAACCAACCCCAACAGAUUGCUGAAAGGUGUCUUCCUUUACUGCAAAUCUGCUUCAACGAGCUCCGCAUCCUGGAGGUGGAUUUUCCUAAGGGUGCAGCCUCCUGCUGGGCUGUCCAAGUAGCGCUUCAAGUGCUUCACGUUUGCCGAAAAUUCCCUGACCAAGUGCAUUCCCUGCCAGCUGCUUCACUUUGUGACUACGCUUGUCAAAAACUCUUCCAGCUGGGAGAGCUACUCGGCCUCAUGCCAGGUGGAGAAGGUCCAACCAGCACCCAGCUAGAUGCAGCCGUCUGGUUAGGUGCAGGUUUGGGUCCCGAGCCCCCUUUCGGAGGCGAACAGUUGAAGGAGGCUCUCGGCUCACCUGCCACCUUCCAAAAGUUAUACCUAGAGCUAGCCGAGUUGGCCCUGGGCACUUUCAAACACCUUGGACGCAGCAGGUCAGCAAGACUGCUGGGCCACCAACUGUCCAAUUUCCACCAGCUUCGAGGGGAACCUCACACGGCCGCAGCUUAUCUGGCCGACGCGCAUUCGGCUGUCGAAGGGUGGCCUCUUCUAGGAACAAACAUCUUGAGCCAGCUUGCAGAGUGUCUGAACGGAGAAAAACUUGCAGUAGCUAGGGCCAGACUGGCGGCCAGCGCCACACUUAGCCUCGAAGAGAGGACAAAAAAUUGGCACCAGCUGUUAGAAAUCUUGGAUGAUCUUGAUGCUGAUGAAUGUGUCGUGCCUCUUGAAGAAAUAUUUGAAUUGGUUUCCGUGCAGCCCAUAAGUGGACACAAGCAGCAAGCCAAAGUGAAACUGAAUUCGCUGCUGCCAGAGCCAGUAAUGCUCAUUCCCUCGUUUUCUAUUCAAACGGCUCCACCUCAAGUGAUACGAAAAGAGAGCAAUCCAAGAGGCCGCAGACAAAGAGGCAAUUUUUCUGCCUGCCUCUCGUCUGAACCAAUUGAAAUACAACCAGGACCAAAUGAAUUCACACUCCACGCUCAGGGUGCUGUGCACACAGGUCACUUGUGUCAGUUGUCCUUGUUGAUGAAGGAAAAAAUGGACUUCGUUAGCGCUGAAAGCCGACUCGGACUGAUUGAAGUGAAAAAAGGAGAGGCGAAGGUUGCAGUUGAAAGUGGACAGCUAUUGGCAAGAAUGCCACAAAAAAUUCAACUGAGGUUCACCGCGGGGACCGAUGGCAUUGACGAGGGAACAGAAAUUACAAUCAAGGCACCUAGAGGUUUAAGCUUGGGAGAAGGAGGUCGGCAAAUAGUCAUAGAGCUUCCAAAAACAGAGCAAGGAAUGGAAUCUGUUGUUCCUUUGGACGUUUUGGCAACUCCUCCUUCUGCAAAAUCAACUGACGUUGAAUAUCAAUUGACCUUGUCCUCUUCAUUAUGGGAGCAGGCAUAUCAGGUGCCCGUCCACUUCACCGUACCUGUGGCUGCUUCUGUUAAACUGCACACAGCGAUGAAAACCAAAUUCCUUCAAGUGGUCGUGUCCUCGACCUGUGGCCAGCGUCUGAUGCUCUCUGAACCAACCCUCGAGUUGUCCCUCGGCCAAUCGAGCGCCUUACCCAUCAGCCCAGAACCAAUGGUGCUCGAUCCAGAGCGUCCUCUCAGCUACAUCUGGAAGUUGGAGGUGGAUGGCCCAGUGCGGGCGAAAUUCAACGUGGCCUUAACAAAGGAUGAUACGUCUGGCUUUUACAACUGUGAAUUUGAGUUGGCUGAGUGCGCAACAAUGAUCGUGGUCCAGUCAAAAGUGGCCGCCGCCACAGGCGCUGAGGUUUGCCGAGCUAAUGCGAUGUGCCACCUGUACCUGACAGUCGAGACUUCGGAGCCAAGUGGACAGUCCCUGAUGUAUGAACUGCUGGCUGACCAUAGCAUGUGGGCCGUCUGCGGUCGAACUGCAGGAGUGCUCAGCAUGGACCAGUCCAGUCACAGCCUUGUAUUAGAUGUGAUGCCUUUGACUUCUGGCUUCCUCCCGCAUCCCCAGGUUCGCUUCUCUAAAUACAUUCCAGCAAAUGCUGGUUUGACGCAUCCAAAAUUGGAGCCUUUUGGACCGGGUCAGGUGUACAACAAAAGCAAGUCUCUCCAAGUCCAUGUGCUACCAGCUGUCCAAGCAAGUUAAAAGUCUCAAUUAUUAAUUUUUGUUAUGCAUAUUUAAUAUAAAUAUCCUUGUUAUAACUUGAAAACAAACGAUAAGUGGUAAUUAUACACAAAUUAUGAUAAUAUGGAA